AUGGUGGUGUUUCGUCUCACAAAAAGGCCAACAGCCUGCACGUGCGUCUUUCUUAUCUACCUCUUUACGACGUUUAUCGGAGCUGAUCCAGGAGCAGCAGCAGGUGAUGCAGACUCUUCCGGUGCGCCCCAAUUGGACCAUGGUAUUCGUUCCUCAGACCCGCCCGUUACCCGGUUGAUCUACAGGGCGGACGGCGCGGCAAAGGCUCUGAAACUCGCAAAACGGCAGUCUGCUGCCUCCAAAGACCAGGCUGACAACAAUGCUGGUUCUCAUUCUCCCGCCCCUGUCGACCACGAGAACCUCAGUGGCUGCACCGCCGAAGAGGGGUGCAGCACAACGAAGCCUUCAGGGGUAAAAAGGAAGCCUGAGAUGUUGAGCACUUCUGUGAUGAGUCGUGGAGCGAUUUCUCUAACUGAUGAUAACUACCACGAUUUCAUGGAAGCACAUUCCAUCGUUCUCGUGCUAUACUACGCGCCGUGGUGUUACUGGUCUCAGCGUACCAGCCCGGAGUUCGAUGCGGCCGCUCGCGUGCUGGCCCACGACAAAACGGACCCGCCAGUGUUUCUUGCCAAAGUCGACUGCACGCAGCAUACCCAGGUUAUGAGGAAAGAAGACAUUCAAGAAUACCCGACUCUCAAGUUCUUUAUGCAUGGACACCCGAAGGAAUAUACUGGUGGCCGCAAAAGGGCGGAGAUCUUGAAGUGGCUUCAGGAAAACUUGGACAGGGAUCGGAUCAUUACCUCCGUCAAUGCGCUGGAAGAGGUUCUUGCCAGUCGUCAGUUGGGGACGCUUGUCGUCAUUGCGGCUCAAGAAUUACCUGCGACUAGUUCGGUCCAAGAUGGCGAUUCAGCUUCCUCUGGCCCUUCUUCCACAACUACUGGUGGACAAAUCUCAGAGGAAUCGGUCGACCCGGCAAGCAUGCAGAGGGCUCUAAGACUUGGCAGGGUCCAAACUGGGUCGAAUUCAGAGGUGAAUGGGCCCGCCCAGGUGUCUACUGCAGGGAAUACUGCUUCUCCGCCAGGCGGGUCCCUCAAUCGCCGGGUCCGUACAGCUGGUCAUAGCCGUGGAAACACUGCCAACCAGAAAGAUCUUCUGAUUACUUCGUCGGACGCUGCCAUGAAUGCCUCAAAACAACUCGACCGUGAGACAUUCGUCAAGGUCUCACGGAUGGUGGGCAGCGACGUCCUGUUUGGUGAAAUCGCCGAACCGGAGGUACUGCAGUACUACCUCGAUAUCCACGUCAAGCCAUACAUGCGGACGCGUCUAGAUAUGGCUCAUAUUCAUCUUCCCUUCAUCGCAGCAUUUCCCAGUCGGAGUGACAGCGACGAUUUCGAGGAUCGACCCUCUUCACUUAUGGACGGUCCAGGCGGAGAAGAUGUCGCCAUUUACACAGGGUCGUUCACUGACCAAAACAGUCUCAUCGAGUUUGUGCAGACGCACAAGUUCCCUCCUGCGCUGCCUUUCACGGGAAUCGUCGCGCCCAGACUUUUCGAAGAUGGUCGUCCGAUCUGCGUCAUGUUCCUCGACGACUCCAGUUCUGUCAGGCGGAACGGCCACGUCCACGUUCCCACAGAGCGAACGGCAAAAAUCAGGAAAAUUUUCGAGGACGUUGCUUCAAGCUACAGAAGUCAGCUUAUCUUCACUGUAUCAGGAACAAAGGAGCCGCAUGAAAAGCGACUUCUGACAUUGCUCGGUGUCGAAGAUGACCACCAGGGUCCCCAGCUGCGCAUUGUCACAUUCAAUCCGAGCGGUAACGGGAAGUAUUACCCUGCGCUGAAGUUUCGUCCAGUUCACAUGACAUUUUUGGAAAUUGGAAGUUCUCGCGACACGACGGAAGGAACGUCUUCGAAGGGGAAUAAGAGUAUGGAGAGGAUGCCUGCUGAGACUGAUCAAGGGAGCGAUUCGAGGAAAACAGGACUCCGCUCCUCGGUGUCACCCUCUGUUGAGGAGGCGUCCCUCGAAACGCGACGGGAAAGUCCGUCGAGAAAGGAAGGACCGAGAAGCAUGAGAAGUCAGUCGGUUGUAGAUGGAAAUGCACUUCAAGAGUUCAAGGAGAACAUCAAGAACUUUGUUGCUAGCUAUCUCGACGGAUCCCUUACACCUUACUUGCGAUCUGAGCCCGCACCGGCUGAAGAGGACAACCAAAGCGUCCUUAAAGUACUUGUGGGGUCGACAUUUAACGGGUUUGUGCUGCAGACCGAUAAAGAUGUUUUGGUCGAGUUUGGAGCACCCUGGUGCGGCCAUUGCCGUAAGGUCGAGCCUACGCUGAAAAUGGUCGCAGCAGUUCUACGGGAUUCUGGAAGCGAGUUGGUGGUGGCGAAGAUGGACGCAACUCGCAAUGAAGUAAAAGACCUUUACUUCACUGGGUAUCCUACCCUCCUCCUCUUCCCCGCGAACAGAAAGACUGAUCCAAUAAUGUAUCGAGGGGAUAGAAGCGAGGAAGAUUUGCUGCAAUGGCUGGCCACCAAUGCAGAUAGGAAGGAUAUAAAUUUGGAACUAUGUAGAGAGAGAAUUAAAAAGCUCUUGGAGCAGCAACGCAUGAUGAGUUCGGGACCCAUUUCAGAAAGUGGAGAACCUCUCAUGACAUCGUGGGGAACUCUGACGCACGCGGAGAGGAGCGUUCUCGAGGAACUAUAGAAACUGCAAACGAAUGCAAAGUAAAGGCCGAUUUUUUCCUGGAAAGACAGCGACAUCUACGAGUUCCUUAUUGUGUCCCUCUGUGCAAAGAUGGUGGGCUUCUCCCGUCUUCGCUCAAGUUCGAGGAGUCUCGCACUCAAACUUUCCUUCAAGGCGCGCACACUCUCACUAUUACGAGACCAACAGAAGAACAGAAGAAGUAGUACGGAAUUUUAUAUUUGAUAGUGAGGAACGUACCACGCUUCUGUGGAGCAUAUCCUUAGUCACGACCAUCUGCCACAAUAUAUCAAUAUGCAAAUGAUAACAAGCUGAAAAUGCAGGCGCAGAAACACUGAACGCACAACGUACCUCAAGACAGUACACAAGGAACGUUUUCGGAGCUGAUACAGCAUAUGGGAACGUUGAGGAAUCAUGUCGCCACCUGUCUGUGUAGGCAGGCGACGCAAAGUCUAUCCAGAACCCUCUGACGUUCUACUUUAGCUGCAGGGGGCGCUUUCACUGUAGCCUACCGUAAGGUUUUGCCAUCAAAGUACUCUAGCAGCCCACCGUCGACAUCGUGGCGCACGAAGCCGUUCAAAGCGCACA